UUAUUUUAUCACAGGAUAUAGAUUUUCGUUUAUGCUAUAAGGAAGCGCUCGGCCGUUACAUCUUUGGAAAAAAAGUAAUUUGCUUCAAUUUAGUAUUCAUUAUGUACUGCCAUUCCAUUGCAAAUUUAUCAAUAUUGGAAAUUCUCGAAGGAGAAUUGCUAGUUAGUUUACUCUCCAAUCAAUACUUUGACUCCAUUAAAAUGAUUGAAAUCAAUAAUCUUCAAUCAAUACUUUAACUCCAUUAAAAUGGUUGAAAUAGAAUGUUAAUGGCUGUAGACAAAUCACUACAUACAUAUUUACCGAAUCACAGAUACCGACAAGCCGGCGGACGAGUUUCCUUAAUUUCGUCUCGGAGAAAAUGAACUAGACCAUUAUGAAGUGACCGCAGUAGAGCAGGUCAUGAAGUGACUCAAUGGCCCCUUUCCCAGACUAUGAGGGUAGGGGGUGCCCAAUGGUCCUUUAAAUAGGGCCCUCUCUGCUCGAGCCAUCAUUUUCAAUUGUCCCUUGGUAGAGAAAGGGUCUGUCAUUAGUCGAACGUUUAAGUGUUGAAUUACAACUGCUGAGACAGUUUAAAAUGUGUUUAUUCCCACGGAUGUUCAGUUUUGUCGUACUAUCUAUACUUCCGUUUCUCCAGGGACUUUCGAUUAUUGUAUCAAAGGAUCCGUGCAACAAUACUGUUGCCGAGUGCUUCGCUACGUCGAAGAAACACAAGCCUGUUUGUGGUACCGAUGGUAUUUCGUACUCUUCUCAUUGUGACGUGAUCGAAAAACAGUGCAAAGGAGAAUUGGUAUUCGUUAACUAUGUGGGAUUAUGUGUCGAAGACUACCCGUGUUUUAGCGCACGUGAGAAUGUAACUGGUGCCCUCCAACCGACAUGCAAUGCCGACGGUACCUUCGCGCAGAUUCAAUGCCACCACCCGUCGAGAUAUUGUUGGUGCGUCACCCCGGCAGGAGUUCGUCUUCCUGACACCCUUACCCAGGACCAAACCCCGCUGUGUCCUCUCCGCCAGCUGGAUCCCUUUUCCGCCGAGUCUCAAACUUCCCCGAUGUCAAUGUUAACCAGGAACGAGCGACUUAUCCUAGACCUGACUCCCAAAUGGAACCACAGAGAUCAUUGUACAAAAAAAAGUCACCUUCGGUUCAGUCAAAACCUGAUGAAAAUCUUCGAGAUAGAGUACAAUCGCGCAGUACAACUGAACACUACAGCCACCGUCGACGACGUCCUCGUCUGGAAAUUUAAUCAGCUGGACACAAAUGCAGACGGUUACUUAGAUAAAAUGGAGUACACGAAUUUAAUGAAAUUAGCCGCCAAAGGAGUGAGGCCGAAGAAAUGUGCAAGAUCCUUCCCAACAAUCUGUGACAUUGUCAAAGACAGCAGGAUAUCUUUGGUGGAGUGGACCACGUGUUUGAAAAAUAUUACAAUUGAUUUAUUACACGUUGAGGGUCUGCAGGUACUCAUCAGUGAUGAGCAACCGGUAGACUCAGAAGAUGCUCCCAGGAUUGAUCUAGACAAUAGCGAGGAUGAUUGUCCGUCAAAACGUGCGGCUGCCCUCAAGUACCAGCAGAAAACCUCGCAGUUGAGCCUCUACAUACCUGAGUGUACUCAGAAAGGGUUGUAUCAGCCUGUUCAAUGUUAUUCAGGAUUAUGUUGGUGUGUGCACCAGCAGACUGGGGUCUCAAUCCCCAACACCACCAGCACGGAGACCAAACCGGACUGCCGUCGAGGUCUACCACCUGUGAAGAUCAUCACCCGCUGCUACGGGGAACGACAAGAUAAACUUCCCGAAGCGAUGAUGAACGUGAUGAGGAGCAAGUUCGAAAUUGUGAAGAGUUAUCUAGUGAACAGGGAUUUUGGAGAGAGCGAGGAGGAGAGAGCUGCUACGUGGAUGUUUUUGUCACUGGAUUUGAAUAAGAAUAAGGUACUUCAGAGGGGACAGGAGUGGAAGAAUAUUAGGAAGCUGCUGCCCGGCAACAAGUGUGCCAAAAGGUUUCCGAAACUCUGCGAUGUAAACCAGGAUGAGAGGAUAUCUCUCAACGAGUGGCUGGAAUGUCUGAAUGUGGAGAAGGGUCAGGUGUCCACCCAGCAGCUGGCGGCGUGAAAAACGUUUUUCUUGAGAGAAUUUUUAGUGUAUUCCGAGUAGCUUAGGGUAGAAAGAGUUUAUCAGCAGAAUGUGAAAAAGUGAUGUUUGUCUUUUAUACAAUUAUCAAAAAUUAAAAAUUUUUAAUUGGAGUAAUUGAAUUAAUUUGGAGGAAAAGGUCACAGAUCUUUUUUGUCAUAAAUAAUUCAAAGAUAGUCAUCACUUUUGAUGGCCUAUACAUCGAAGGAUUAAUCCAUUGAUCUAUUGGUGUGCUGCUGUUUAUUAUUGAUUGAUUAAUUUUCAUGAAGUAAUUAAAUAGAAAUGUGUGCUGGGGAAAUAUCUGCAAAAAAUUCGAACACUCCAAUGAUUUUGUUGUCAUUCGAAGAACUCUUUCAAUCACAACUGCUUUGAAUAAUGAAAUAGAUUAAAGAGAUUAAUUUGUAAAUAACAUUUUUAUGAGUGUCGACGGAAGAUAUAAUGUAAAAUUCUGUGUAAAUACCGAGGCAUGAUCAGUGCGGCAAUACGUCGAGCGAAAUGUCUUCUGUACCGUAUGUAGAUAGCCGAAGUGACGACCUUCCAAAGGUAAAGAAGACGUUCGUGAUGUAAAUAUUUUUGUUAUAUUACUUUUUUAAUUUCAUAGUAAAGACUGACAUUUAUGUUACAAUGGAACGCAAUAUUCACCAAUUGUACUUCAUUUCUAUCCUUUACUUUGCAUAGUAAUUCAUUGUGAGUAUUCAACAUCUAGUCGGUUCUAGAGAUACCUGUAAUAGCAAGUACCACAUAAAAACAAUUGUACCCGUAGAACUAAUAAUUUUUACCUUUUUAUUUUUUUAAAUAAAUACCGAAUUAAGACAAUGACAGAAGAAGAUAUUCUUGUACUUACUAUUUCCCGGAUGACCUCCUUUCACAGAUGUUAUCAGAAAACAUCUAUAUUCUAUUUCUCAAUAUAUUUCAAAUACUUGACUACAAUACGUAUCUAAAAUCUAAUGAAAACCCUGACGCGUUCAUUAAAAAAUUUUAAUAAAA